AUGGGCAUCCUGCCGCUGUGUCCAUUAUUUACAUUUAUCUGUUGGAUAAGUUUAGGCAAUGUGUAUGGAAAUGAGAAGGUUUUCUCAGACAAUAUCACUCGCAUUUUGGACCGGCUUUUGGAUGGUUAUGACAACAGACUGCGACCUGGGUUUGGAGGUGGUGUUACAGAGGUGAAAACAGACAUCUUUGUCACAAGCUUUGGACCUGUUUCAGAUGUUGAAAUGGAGUACACCAUGGACAUGUUCUUCCGUCAGAUGUGGGUUGAUGAGCGGCUGAAAUUUGAAGGCCCUACUGAAAUCCUGCGGCUGAAUAACCGCAUGGUAGACAAGAUCUGGACACCAGAUACUUUCUUUCGAAACUCCAGGAAGUCCAUUUCCCAUAACAUGACCACACCCAACAAACUUUUCCGCAUCAUGCAGAAUGGGACUGUCCUCUACACCAUGAAAUUGACUAUUAGCGCAGAGUGUCCGAUGAGGCUAAUGGACUUUCCCAUGGACGGUCACGCCUGUCCUCUAAGGUUUGGAAGCUAUGCAUACACUAGCAGUGAAAUUAUGUUCACCUGGAGGAAGGGUCUAAAAGCAUCCGUCGACUGUCCCAAGGAGUCCAUGAGCCUUCUGCAGUAUGAUCUAGUGGGACAAACUUUGUCUAGUGAGAUUUUCAAAUCAAACACAGGUCACUACUCUGUGCAGGUGGUCCAUUUCCUCCUCCAGAGGAAGCUGGGAUACUACCUUAUACAGACGUAUAUCCCCCUUAUCAUGGUUGUUGUUCUGUCACAAGUCUCUUUCUGGAUCAACAAGGAGUCUGUCCCUGCUCGCACAGUUGCUGGCAUCACCACUGUGCUGACCAUGACCACUUUGAGCAUCAGUGCCCGUCAGUCACUUCCUAAAGUGGCUUAUGCGACAGCCAUGGAUUGGUUCAUUGCUGUGUGUUUUGCCUUUGUUUCGUCGGCUCUCGUGGAGUUUGCAGCGGUGAACUAUUUUGCCACACUGCAGGCCAACCGUCUGAAGAAACUCAAAUCCAGACAAGACAAACUUGAGGUUUUGGCUGCCGGAAGCGACGAUGAAGACACAGUUUCGAUGGACAGCAGCCCUCAUGAAGGCCCGAAGAGGAGAAACCACUCAGUGUGUCGUAGUGUGCCAGGGGACACUCCGCCUGUGCCAAUUUUCCUCCAGCAGGGCUCAGCUUUUCCACAGAUCCCACAGCUGGCUGGUACCAGCCCCAUUGACACGUACUCCCGCAUCCUCUUCCCCCUGGCCUUCGCCCUCUUCAACCUCGUCUACUGGUUCAACUACCUUAGCAAAGACACCAUGGAGAAGGCCAGGGACGUAGAUAUAGGCUCUUAA